AUGAGUGCCAAAAAGAAAUAUCCCAAAGACGCUACAACACCAAUCACUGAACUCCGAAAUGAGCUUACAAUUGACAUCGAUGUUGGCACUGCAACUGACAUUGCAAGAACUCUUCGCCAAUGCGACGCACAGAUAUUCUUAGGCUGGAAAGACUUUCCAAGUGUCCUUGACGAGAACACCAUCGAAGCGAUGGAUAAAGUAGCAGAGAAAGCAAAGGAGAUUUUACGAGACAGCAGUGGAGACAAAGCCAUAGUUAUCAGCGGUUGUGGUACAUCUGGAAGGCUUGCCUAUUUUCUGGCUCAUAAAUUUUCCCAGCUAGCCGAAGCUCAGCAGAUCUCAGCGUGUUACGAUUAUCUUAUCGCAGGGGGAGACAUUGCCCUGUUUACAUCACAAGAAGCGCCAGAAGAUGACUGGAAAAGAGGCGAAGAAGAUUUAAUACACUUGUCUCGCAGUAAAAAACAAGUACUAUUUAUCGGUAUAACAUGUGGUCUUUCUGCACCUUAUGUUGCUGGACAGUUAGACCACUGCAUGAGACACCGUGAUACCUUCAUUCCUGUUCUUUUGGGAUUCAAUCCUGUACAUCAGGCAAGGAAAAACCCAAUAGAACAAUGGGAUAAGUCAUUUUUUGAUGUUGCUAAUGCGUUAGAAGGUGAGGAGAUUUCCGCCAUGGUUUUAAAUGGUACUGCCUAAAAAAUCUUAUCCUCUAGCUCUCCUUCUGAACGCCUUAAAACAGUUGAAGAAACUACAUUUACCUUGUAAACUGAAGCAAUGCAUUCACCUUGUCAAUUUUUAGCUCACACAAUGUAGUAUUGCACUGCCAAGGCAUUGUACUUGUGUUGUGGAGUUUAUAGGCUUCACCCUCUACACCCUAACAUCAAUAUGCAUAUUCUCCAUACUGUUCUCUCUACAUUUUCUAAGACACUGAUGUGGAGAAUUUGUUUAAAAAUUAAUAGCUGCUUUUGUUGGUGAUCCUUUCCUUUAUUUUUGUGACCUUCAUGUUUGAUUCAGGAAUGAUAUUGUAGGGAUAACUUAGAUGCCAGUCACUCUUAGUUUCAAAGAGUUAAACUGAAAUGUGAAGGAUUGUAUACUUCUCCCAAACUGAACUUUAUUUACUAAAACACAUCAAGACAAAAAUGUCUACAGCUCUUUUGGACAACUAGUUAGUCCUGUUGUGUUAUAGUAUUGAUCAAAUUUGCUCAUUGUGUUCACAGACUAUGGCAAAGGAAUCAUUCUUAAUCCAGUUGUUGGCCCAGAGGCUAUUACAGGGUCCUCACGUAUGAAGGGAGGAAGUGCCACCAAGAUACUUUUGGAGUCUAUUUUACUUAAAGCACAUGCCUCUAUAUCCCAGCCAAGAUCAGUGCUUAACAGACUGACUGAAAUUCUCCUGAUGUAUGAGAACAUGUACAGAAGAACUUACUUGAGUUGUUCCAGCAUUGCUUGUGCCAUUGAGCUGGCUGCUAAGAGCCUCAAGUCUAAUGGCCAUGUAUUCUAUAUUGGAUGGGGAUUAAAAGGAUUUAUGGGUCUUUUGGAUGCCUCUGAGUGUGUCCCUACAUUUAGUGCUAACUUUGAUGAUGUGAGAGGCUUCAUAGAGGAAGGGUACAGUACUCUUAACAACAGGGAAGGAGAGCUAAUGCUUACUGAAUCCAAAAAGCUUUGUAUUUCAUUGGAGGAUUUUCAAAGCAAUUUUUUGCCUGAACUAACUUUACAUGACACAGUAGUAUUUAUUUUGCCUGACAACAAGGUCGUUCAGGAAGUUACCCAAUUGAUCCAUCUGAUCAAAGAGAAAGGCACACAGUUAAUUGGCAUUAUUUUUCAGAAAGAAAGUGAAUUAAGUAACCUUUUCAAGAGUUGCAUUCAUGUGGAGGGAAAUCAUUCAUCAGGAUGCAUCAAUGAAGAGGGUCCAUCAACUCCAAUAUUACUCACUGAUUUUUUAAACCAGUGUCUUCAGGAGAUUUCUAUCAAGUGGAUUCUUAAUGCAAUUUCAACAGGAGCCCAUGUGUUGAAAGGCAAGGUCAUAAGAGGUCUCAUGAUUGAUGUAAAAGUUAGUAACAACAAGUUGUUCCAUCGAGCCAUAUCUAUAGUUUCUACUUUUGCCAGAGUCGAUCAGAAAUGUGCUUUGCAUGCUGUUCUCAAGGCAAUAUACAGAAGAGAUUCCAUUGAUGAUGUUCUCAAUCUACAGAUUUCUGAGCAUGUAGCCAGAGGAACUGUAAUGGAUCAAGUGGUACCAGUGGCAGUGCUAAUAGCUACAGACAAGUUCAGUAUUGCAUCUGCCAUGGAGGUUCUGAGGACAAGUACUGUUUCCCAUAUUCUUAAAAGUCUUGGACUUGUAGAGUAA